GAGGAAGAAAUUUGAUGAUUUUAUUAUUUAUUUGGAAUAAUUGUUAAUUUGGAUAAGACAUCUAAUUUAUUUAUUUGUAAAAAGUUGCGACGAAUUCAGAGGCGAUCCGCUACCAGUUUCUUUCUGAGCUCUGCAAAACGGAGAAUUUGACUGAGUUCUGAGGUCGGACGAUCACUGCACUCCGGCGGACAUGACGGUGGUUGCUCACCGUCAAAAUUGAUCGAAAGCAUCAAUACAAGAAUCGGAGAAUCGAGCAAUUGAGAGGAUCGAUCAGCGGAGAUCCAAAAAAUGUCGGUGGAGCCUCCUCCUUUCCAGGAAGCAGCGCGCUGCGAGGUCUGCAAAUGCAGUUUCAACACCUUCCGGCGAAGGCAUCAUUGCCGAUGCUGUGGAAGGACGUUGUGCCACGAGCAUUCUUCUUUUCAAAUGGCCUUGCCGCAGUUCGGUAUUCAAUCCUCUGUUAGAGUUUGUGGUGACUGUUUCAAUGUCUCCUCUCAAUCCAGAGAAGUUGGUCAACCACCAUCGUUAGCUGUAGUUGAUCAAGUUGCAGACACAGUUUCCAAACUAAACCUUGAUGGGGAUGUAAAUUCUGAGCCUAAACCAGCUGUGGAGCAUCAACCUGCGUUCGGCAUUUCAGAUUGCAAGUGUGGAAUGCCAUUAUGUAUUUGUGAAACACCAGUCCAGUCUAUGGAAACAGAAGCAGUUCCUUCACAGAAAACAGCUUCCACCUCUACUCAGUACAGUUCAAAACCAAAGAAGACUGAUUCCAAUCUAAGGAAUAGAGGAUCCACCUCCAACAGCAAGCUUCGGAAUCUUGCAGCAGAUGAAUCGAGGAUUAAUUAUGAAGCAAGUGGCGAGGGGUUAAGGGAAGCUAUCAAGAAUGGUGACACUAUUGCUGUCAAGAAACUUUUGAGCGAGGGCGUAGAUGCAAAUUACCAUGACAAACAAGGACUGUCUUUGCUGCAUGUGGCGGCGGUCUUUAAUCAGACUGAUAUUGUUUUUGCCCUCAUUGAAAGCGGGGCUAGCCUGGACUACAAAAAUGCUCAAGGAGAAACGCCAUUGGAUUGUGCUCCAGCUUCUUUGCAAUAUAAGAUACGAGAGAAGAUGGGAGGGCAGUGAAGAAGGAGGAAGCAACUAUCCACAUAACCAGGGAGAUGACAUCCCAUAUUUUUCUAGUAAAUACUUCUAUAACUCUGCACCAGAGUGCUUUACUUUUCUUUUUUUGUUCCCUUCUUUUUGAUGUCUCAUACUCUGGUAAUGGCAGAUUAUCUGGCUGUCUCUGUAGAAUCUCUCUUUCAACAUAACUUUUCAGCAAUUAUAGACCAUAAAUCGUUACAUUAGGUUA